GGAUUCUACAUUUCAUUUAUUAGAGUUCAGGCUUUUAUCAUUUUUCUUGUUUUGACAUGUAAGUUCUUUUUAAAGACUGUCUUUUUGAUUUCUAACAGCUUUUUCCCAGAACAGCAAGGGUUGCGCAGUGUCUGAUCUCUGCAAAGUGAACUAAAACUUUCCAAUUUGAGAGAGGCUCCUUGCUAGUGAUUUAUGUAGCCAACAUAAUUAAGAACUGUCAGGCAAUUCUUAAUUAAAAGUUCAUGUCUGUGUCAUUUGUCCGGAAUUGGUGUGGAGCUGAGCAGUCUGUGAUUAUUUCACUCAUCAUGUCUUGCACUAACACUGCUGUUCUGCUCUCUGGUAUCUCGAGUCUUCCAAGAUUCAGUAAAACCRAACAUAAGGCUGAAGAUCUCGUUAAUCUUACGCCCAAGUUCCCAGGACUUKCUGAUUUUCAACCUUUAUCCCUCUGGAGUACAGAAAGAUGAUCACAAGUGAUCGGAUUACCCUGGGCUGAAGCUUUUCUGUGCCUCUGCAUGUGGCAGCUCUGCUGAAGCUGCAGGAGAGAGCUCCAGGCACAGAGUUUCUCUUCAGAUGGGAUCUCAGUUUGCCCAACUCCCUCACCUGCAAGCUGAGAGCAGAUGGGCUGUGCCUUGAAGUCAGAGUUGGAAUCUCUCAUCAAGUCAGAGAACAGUGAUUCCCAGUCUCUUCCUGACUGGGAUUCAAGCAUGGAUCUGGAUGUGAGCAGCUGGAGAAAUACUGAAGAGGAGGACAUGGGGAAGCUAGAGGGGAGCAGCCAAGAGACCGACCAUGAGAUGGAGCUGAGUGAGCCUCUCUGGAAGGAUGAGAGUGAAGAUGACCAAGAGGCAGAGAAACCAUGUGAAAGCGACAAUCUUUUCCAGUUCCUCCUGGAGGUAACCCAGAUGCUGGAAUCUUUCUGCAUUAGCAGCACAGAGUCAUCACAGACUCCGUGGGAUUAUUGUGGCUCAGGGAAGCAGAGUGAUGGGGAAGAUGGGAGAUGCCAGGAAAAGUCCACAGGAGCAGCAGUCUCGGGAGCAGAGGAUAGUCAGCCACACAUCCUGGCCAAAGWUGAGGAAGAACACUUCCUGGGAAGAGAGGGCAAGACUCAAGAGACRCCYRGAGAACCACCCUUGGGUGAGCUGCRUCCACCAGAGAUGAGYGCUCAGGCCGUGGAUCCAGAGGACAGUGACAGCACCUCUGCAGCUCCAGUGCUGGACUCCACAGGCUCUCCCAACAUGCACCUGCUGCAGCCGAGCUGUAAUAACCCCCUCCAGCACCUGAUCCUCAGGAAAAGGCUGCUGUCCUUCUGGAGGAUGAUAGCCAGUCACAGGUUCAGCAGACCAUUCCUGAAACCAGUGUCAGAGAAACAAGCCCCUGGAUACAAGGAUGUGGUAAAGAGACCCAUGGAUUUAAGCAGCAUAAAGAGGAGGCUSUCAAAGGGACACAUUCAGUCCCUGAUGCAGUUCCAGCGUGACCUCAUGCUCAUGUUCCAGAACGCGGUGAUGUACAACAACUCGGACCACCACGUGUUCCACGUCGCUGUGGAGAUGCAGCGAGAGGUCUUCGAGCAGCUGCAGGUCUUGGCUGAAGCCCUCCUGUUCUCCAGGGACACUCUGGAGUGAGGGAGAAGGUAACCAGCCCUAUCUGAGGCCUCUCU